AUGGAACCAAUGGAUUAUCAAUCCCAAAAUCCAACAACAAAUAUUGUAAUAAGUUUAGAAGAUUUAAGACAUACACACGAUGAAAGUUGUGAAAAUGGUUGUGAGCAUCAAGAUCAAGAACAUCACCUCCAUAUAACCGCCUCAGUUGUAAUUGAAGAGGAUGAUCACAUAGAUACUUCAUCCGAUCUAAUUACUCAUAUUCAACAAAACAAUAGUAAUAUGUCAACAAGCGAAAACGAAGAUCACGAGGGAGAAAGUGACAUAACAGAUAGCGAGGCUGAAAAGGAUCAUAAAGAUAGUAAUAACAAUGGUAGUAGUAAUAAUAAUAGUAAUAAUAAUAAUAGCAAUAAUAGUGGCAAUAAUGGCAGGGAAGAUAAAGAAAUAGGAAAAGAUAAUGAAGGGGAAAAUCAAGAUAGAGAAGAGGAAGAAGAUAUUAGUGACAACCAACAGGAGCCGUUCUCAGAGCAACCAAUAUCAGAGCACCCACAAUCCACCCAACAGGAAGUGCAUGAACACCAUGAGGUUGAACAUGAGGGGGAACAUGAACAUUUGGUUGAACACAUUGUUGAACAACACCAAGUUCAUAAUACAGACGAAGAAUUAGUUGCAUCAGAUCAAAUAUCUAGUUUAAAUGAGCACCAAAUUGAGGCAGCUCAGGAAGAUGGAACACCAAUUUCAGCACAUAUGGAAAUUAUUGAUAUUGAGCACACUGAAGAGCACCAUAUGCAUCAUUUACACCAUGAAGAAAUACUACACCACGAGGUACACGAGGAAAUAGAUCAAUCUCAACAAUCACAAUUGCAAAAUCAACCGCAACCACAACAACCACAACCAUCCCAGGAUCAACAGCAGACACAAACUCAGGAACAAUCCCAACAAUCAGAACAAGAUCAACAUCAAGAUCAACAUCAUCAGCAUCAGCAUCAACAUCAACACCACCAACACCACCAACACCAACCACAGGACCAGCCACAGAUACAACAAGAUCAACAAGAUCAACAGGAUCAACAGGAUCAACAAGAUCAACAGGAUCAACAAGAUCAACAGGAAACUCAUGAGCAUUUACAUAUUCAUGAAAUGGAAAUUGAUGGGCACCAUUUAGAUCAUUUACACCAUCACCAUCAAGAGAUUAAUCAAAUCUCGCCAACCUCAGAAUCUCAACACCACCACCACCAUCAUCAUGUCCCUAUGCAAUCCUAUAUAAAGAAAUGCUGUAAUUGUGAUUGUGAUUGUGGUCAAUCAAUUGUAAAUAUAGUCUCAGAAGUUGUUAAUGAAAAGAUGGGUGCAAUGUGGGAGCAAUUUCAAAAACUUUUCCACCAAAAUCAGCGUCUAGAGGAUCUUUUAACUUCCGUAGUUCAUAUUAGAUACCCAGAGUUAAAAAGAAAGGUUGAUCCACAUCAUCACUCCAAUGUAAAUAAUAACAUACGAUCAAAUAGUUUAAACAAUUCACUCUUUAAUUCAAAUAGAUUAAAUAGUAAUCAAAGUGGCAUCGCUGAAAAUAGACCCUUGGAUCAAAAUGUAAAUAAAACAACCACUACAACCACUACAACCACCACAGCAGACAAUAGUAUUAACAACAAUAACAAUAUAACUCAGCAAUCAUUACAAACAUCACAACCAUUACAACAAACACAACAAUCGGUUCAGCAACCUAUACAAACAAAUGAAACAAAUAUUGGAGCAUCAAAUGUAAAUACAACAGCAAUAUCAUCAACAACACAUCACCAUGAAGAGGGCGAACCAGGAUCUCCAGAAUAUUCAUUUGCAGAAGAGCAGCCCAAAAAGCGAAGAAGAGUUUAUUCACAAAAUAUUUCAAAUAAAAUUAAUAGAAUUCUAGAACCACUUUUUGAAAAUGGUUGGAUUUUACAAAAGGAUCAAGAAAGAUUAUUUGCUGAUCAAAUUUCACACGGUAUCAAUGUAGACAUAACAGAGGCUGUAUCAAUUGUUAAACAAUUUUGGCAAAGAUCGAGGGGAAACUCUAAACGUUUAUUUACACAACUGGAUGAUUAUAGAAUAGGCUUGGAGAUGUUGGAGAAAGAAGAGCCAGAGUCACUAAGACAAGCACUCAUAAAAAAAUUUAGAUUCGAAGAUAUUGAUCAAGUUAGAAAAGACAUUGAAGAGGUCACUAAAAUAUUAAGGGAAAUGAAUUUAAAAGGCAGUGGCAGAACAUCAAUUAAAAAUAAAAAAGCACUCAAAAAGAUACCAGAAACUAUUAUUAAAACAUUCAAGGGCAGAGCGGCAACCCUGUGCAAUCAUUUUUUCCACUAUGCACAUAACAAUUUAAAUAAAGAAACAUUGGAGCUAAUCGAUCCCGAAUUUUUAUCAACUCCAGAAAUUGAGGAUAAUCUAAAGAGAUAUUAUAUAAAUAUGAAUCAAAAUAUACAAUUGCAACAACAACAACAGCAACAACAGCAACAACAACAGCAACAACACCACCAAGCAUUACAAGCUCAACAAUUACAUCUUCAUACAGACGAGCACCAAAUGCAAUAUCAACUUAAUGGCCAAACCACAACCGCAACAACCCACCACCAUCACCAUCAUCUUCACAAUCAUAAUGGUAGAAGUGAACCAUCUUCACCAAAUAAUGGCCAGUACUGCGAAGAGGCAGAAGAACCUGAAGAUGAUCAUCACCAUCACCAUCACCAUCAUCACCAUCAUCCACAACCUGAAAAUUUUAAUAAUUUGACAUAG